CGAUCGAUCUGUAUAAAUACUAGGGAUUAGGAAACUCCUUCAACCCCAAUUCCCCAAAACCUCCUCUGUGACCACUAUAAUAUCAAUCGCCUGCGCCGCGUCUUCCUUUGUUUGCUAUGUACGAACGAGAGACUAUGGCGUCCAACAAGAUCAUCCUAAAGAGCUCCGACGGUGAAAUCUUCGAGGUAGACGAAGCCGUAGCUGUUGAGUCCCAGACGAUUAAGCACAUGAUCGAGGACAACUGCGCCAGUAACGGAAUCCCCCUUCCCAAUGUCACCGGAGCCAUCUUGGCUAAGGUUAUUGAGUACUGUAAGAAGCACGUCGAGGCCGCCGCUGAGGCCGCCGCUGAGGCUGACGGCGCUGACAAGGAUUUUUGUGGUAACACUGAGAACAGUGAGCUUAAUACUUGGGAUACCGAAUUCCUCAAAAUCGAUCAGCCUAGUCUAUUUGAUCUCAUCCUGGCUGCUAACUAUCGGAACAUCAGUGGACUUCUUGACCUUACGUGCAAGGCCGUGGCUGCUCAGAUGAAAGGAAAAACGCCAGACGAGAUGCGUGCUCACUUCAACAUCAAGAACGAUUACUCACCUGAGGAAGAAGAGGAGGUUCGCAAUGAGAACAAGUGGGCGUUCGAGUAGUGGAUCUGGUGUUUCUCUAGGACAACUUAAGUCUUUUAGUCUUCUUCUUUCUUAGAUUUGGAUUCAACCGAAUGCUUUGUUCUACUAACAAGACCCUUUUGGUUUUUAUGGAAAAUAUUUUAAGAUCCUACAUAGUUUAAUCUUUAUUAUACCCUGGUUUCUCUCCUCCAAUGGUGUCUUGGUAUUAUUCAAAGACAUUGUGUGUUUCUCUUUAGAUUUAUCAUUUAUCUUCCCGACUGGUUACAACGAA